AUGACGAAGCAAAAGAUUGUGAUCAAGGUGCAAAUGACGUGCGACAAGUGCCGGAGAAGUGCUCUAACUUUAGCUGGCUCCACGUACGGGGUGCAAUCCGUGGCGAUCGAGGGGGAGGAGCGCGACCAGCUGGUGGUGGUCGGCGACGGCGUGGACGCUACCAGCCUGGCGAGCUGCCUGCGGAAGGCGGUGAAGGUGGGCAGGGCGGACAUCAUCAAGGUGGAGGCGGUCGUCGACGAGAAGAAGGCGGCGGCGACGACGACGGCCACCGGUAGUAGUGGUCCCGUGGUCGAGUGGCCGCCGCAGGGGUACCCCUACUACCACCCCGGCCAUGGCUAUUACUGGCCCCGGACGGGCGCCGUCUACCCGUACGCGGCCGGCCACUGCUACGUCGAAGACUCCGACGAGGGUUCGUGGUGCGCCAUCAUGUAG